UCUCGUUGGCAUAAUCCGUCACGAUGUGAUUUAAAAUAGUAAAAUAUUUAAAAAUACUAUGUAAAAAUUAGUAGCAAAAUAGAAAUUUCAAAGAAACAAUAUGACAAAAAGCAAAGACAACAAGACCGUGCGUGGAUACUCCGAACGGAGUACUGGCCGAUCCAAUCAUGUACUGGACGUAAUGUGCCGAAUUGUGAAUGAAGAUGGACCAGAACCGAUGAGGAAUAUGAAGCCGACUCAGAAGGUACCGAAUGCUGCCGAGCAGUUCAGCUCAGAGCAUCACGGCGAACACGAGGCGUGCGGUCGGCAGAGCCGUGACCGUCUAAGCAGAGUAUCCAGACACAACGAAACGUACCCUAAGAUGCAUGAUGAGUUAAACAAACGUCGCUCCUGUGCCAAGGUGACAGUAAAUGGCGCGAAAAGAAGUCAGAUGACCCAGUUAAUUAGUAUGAGCCAAAGCAAGGUAUGCGCUAAAAAAGUAUCGCAUUUUCCAAACAGGAAAGCUAAAUCGUCCAGUCAACCUUACGAUCGUAGCAGAAAACGAAAAACGCGCGGGAGAAAUCGAAUAUCGAAACCAAAGACAAGACGUUCGAAUCGUAAAAAAUCCCGAAAUCGGGUUCACUACAGAUUGUCUAUGGCAAACAAGGGUUGUCAAUAUACAAAUUGCCAGUUGCAUAAACACAAAAAGAGCGGGAACAAUUAUUCAAAUGUGGAACUGUCGGAUGGAAUUGCUCCAGAUGAAAAAAGUUGUAGUAUAUCGGCCACAGAUAAUGUAAAAAAUCCUGUGCACCUUAUUUCAUCAAGUCGGCUCUCUGAAGGGGGGAAUACGUCGAACGCGUCUGAACCGAUCUCGGCAAAUCCAGAUACAAGCGAACCUUCAAUUAGCACUUACAAUAGUUUCACGACCAUCGACCAAGAGCCUAUGGAAUCUCAAUAAUUUAUUUUCCGUGAUUAUUUACAGUAAAUUAUAUAUGAAUUAAAUAAUUUUUAUUUUCCUUUUUAAUAAAUUAUCUUAUUAAUUUAUAAUAAAAUUAUAACUAGGCGAUGUCUGUAUACGGGAGAUAUUUAAAACAAUAAUAAUAUGGAGAGUGUUAAUAAGACCAAUAGAUGUUAAAACAAUAAGUUUAAGAAAUUUUGUCUGUCUGA